UUGUUUCCUUUCCCGUUCCCGAACUCGGCGGGGAACGUCCACUGAGCUCGGGACAAAGCCAAUCAGAGGGCGCAGCCGGACGGAGGGCGGGAAAAGAAGAACUACUUCAAGCGGCUAUGGCGGUGGCUGCGGUCCCUAGCCCUCUGUGGGCUCUGUGGCUGGUGCGGACGGCGUUGGCCACCGUAUACUUCCAGGAAGAGUUUCUCGAUGGAGAAAGUUGGAGGAAUAGAUGGAUACCUUCCACUAAUGACUCCAACUUUGGACACUUUAGGCUAUCAUCAGGAAAAUUUUAUGGUGAUAUACAGAAAGAUAAAGGUCUGCAAACCACUGAAAAUGCAAAAUUUUAUGCUAUCUCUUCACGAUUUAAACCAUUUAGCAAUAAAGGAAAGACUCUGGUUAUUCAGUAUACAGUAAAACAUGAACAGAAGAUGGAUUGUGGUGGGGGUUAUAUUAAGAUCUUUCCUUCAGAUUUGGAUCAGAAGAACUUAAAUGGGAAGUCACAGUAUUACAUAAUGUUUGGACCUGAUAUUUGUGGAUUUGAUAUCAAGAAAGUUCACGUUAUUUUAUUUUACAAGAAUCAGUAUCAUUCAAACAAGAAACCAAUCAGGUGUAAGGUUGAUGGCUUUACACACUUAUACACUCUGACAUUAAGACCAGAUCUAACUUAUGAAGUGAAAAUUGAUGCUGAUAUAAUUGAAUCAGGCAAUAUAGAAGAGGACUGGAAUUUAGGAGGACUUAGAAAAAUGGAAAAAUCUGCAUUGAAGAUGCCUAAGAAUUGGGAUAAAUUGCCACAGGACAAUAAGCCCAGUGAUGUUCCAUCUCAGGACUGGGAUAAACACUUUCUGGAUGCCAGUGCUAACAAGCCUAGUGACUGGAAUAGUGAGUUGGAUGGAGAAUGGCAGCCAUCAGUGAUCCAGAAACCUAAAUAUAAAGAUGGAUUGAAAUCAGAGACCAUGGAUAAUUCAGAUUAUAAAGAUGUUUGGCUUCAUCAGAAGAUUGAAAACCCAGGAUACUUACAAGAUUUUGAACUCUCAGAAUAUGAGAAUAUUGGUGUUAUUGGACUGGAACUUUGGCAGGUAAGAUCUGGAACCAUCUUCGAUAAUUUUUUGAUCACGGAUGAUGAGAAUUAUGCUGCUGAGUUUGGACUGAAAACCUGGGGAAAGACAAAGGGUCCAGAGAAGGAAAUGGACAUGAUACAAGCUAAGGAAGAAAUUAAAAAAGCAAGAGAGGAAGAAGAACAGUUAAUAAGAGAAAGCAUUAAGGAAAAGCAUUUUCAAACUGAACAUGGGAAAGAUGAGCUCUAG